AUGCCUGCUAUUCUGAUGCGCUCCUUACCCAUGCGUCGGUGUCAUCCUUCGCAACCCACAAAAACUACCGCCGCAUCCACACUGUUGGCCGACUUUCACGCCCUCUCGCUGAGAUUAUCGUCUACCCACACCACGCCCUCUUCUAGCCAAUACAGCAGUCGGUCGGCAACUCCUCGUCCCAGCCGGUCUUCUUCCGGCUAUUUCCAGGAAACAUCUUCCCCCUCGGCGUCUCUGUGGGGCAAAGAACUGGCAACCAAUGGUGAAGACGAAUGGGGUCAAUUCGUGGACUUUGGAGUAACCCGAUAG